CUGACAUUUCUCUUUCAGGAGAGUUUUAAAAUGGUGAUUUUACCGGCGUUUCCGGUAAUCUGGUCUCCGCACCUCUUCCCGCUUCUAGUAACUUUCCCUCAUUCUCUCCGCAUCAGAACCAUGUCUUUGACUUUUUGAUUUUUCCAUCUUCUCUCUUCACUCGGAUGCUAAACAAGACUUUUUUUCAUCAUAUUCUUCUUCAAAACCCGAAGAAGACCCAGACACCAAUUAUGCUCCUUCUCCCCCCCUCCUCUCUAAAUGUUGUGCCUUUUCAUUUCAUACAAACGGGUCUUGUCAAUACAUUUAAUUCAUACACAAAUGUAGAUACAGUUACUGUUACUUAUUGCAGUGUAACCAGUGUUUGUAAUAUUAUUGCUGCUGUUGUUGCUGAGUUUGAAGUGGCGCGCAGGGAGAAGAUUAUAGGCAUACGAACUUGUAAAUUACUCUUGAGGUUUGUCUAUACGAGCUUGAAAGGUUGUGUCUUUUAUUUGGUAGAUUUGAGCUGAGGUCAGAAUCUGGUCUUUUCUUGAGCCUUCAAGUUGUGAUCAGCUUUCCUGUGUUUGGGGUUCUGGGAAGCUUAAGAUCAGAACAACUUCUGGUUGUUUCCGAUUAGGGUAUAGAGGUUUUUUGGGGGGUUGAGUGGGAUCUUUGAUGGUUGACUUUGAUCAUGGCCUGGCAACAGAGACCACUUCUGAUUCCUUCUCCAAGAACCCCAGGAGCUUUGAAAGAUUCAAAGUCUGGGUCAUAUAGCACUAAAUCACCUGUUGAGAUGGAUUCAAACACCCAUCAUGAGAGUUCAACUUUCCCUGAUUCCAUCCGUGGUUCUUCUAGAAGAACUAUGUCCUCUAAUAGGUCUAGGGACUCGAGAGCGGGAGGUUCUAUUAGGGAGGAAAGUUUUGGUAGGUUAGGAUCAAGAGGCACAAGAUAUGGAUCUCAAGGAGCUGGCUCAGAAGGGGUGUUUAGCUCUUCUUUGAAGGAAAUUAAUGAAGAGGACGCCAGGUUGGUGUACAUAAAUGAUCCAUCCAAGACUAAUGAAAAUCUUGAAUUUACUGGGAAUUCAAUCAGGACAGGAAAAUAUUCCAUCAUUACUUUCAUACCACGAAAUCUGUUUGAGCAGUUCCGUAGAGUUGCAUAUAUUUACUUUCUAGUUAUUGCUAUCCUUAAUCAGUUGCCCCAGCUGGCAGUUUUUGGCCGGGGAGCUUCUAUACUUCCGCUAGCUUUUGUAUUAUUGGUUACAGCAGUUAAAGAUGCAUAUGAAGACUUUCGGCGGCAUAGGUCUGAUAAGGUUGAGAACAAUCGAUUGGCUUCAGUUCUCAUAAAUGGUCAAUUUGAACACAAGAAAUGGAAAGAUGUAAGAGUAGGUGAAGUCAUCAAAAUAUUAUCAGAUGAACCUAUCCCGUGUGACAUGGUUCUACUUUCAACAAGUGAUGCCACUGGAGUGGCAUAUAUUCAGACAGUUAAUUUGGAUGGAGAAUCAAAUUUGAAGACACGGUACGCAAAACAGGAGACACAUAUGAAAAAGGAGAGUGUAGGUGGUGGAUUGAUCAAGUGUGAGAAACCCAGUAGAAACAUUUAUGGGUUCCAGGCAUACAUGGAGGUAGAAGGGAAGCGUGUUUCACUUGGACCAAACAAUAUAAUUCUCCGUGGCUGUGAGCUCAAGAAUACUGCUUGGGCCAUUGGAGUUGCAGUAUAUACCGGAGGGGAGACAAAGGCCAUGCUGAAUAACUCUGGAGCUCCAUCAAAGAGGAGCCGUCUUGAGACUCGUAUGAACCGUGAGAUUAUUAUCCUCUCAUUUUUCCUUGUCACUCUCUGUACUGUAGUCACUGUUUGUGCUGGUGUUUGGUUAAGGCACCAUAAGGAUGAUCUUGAAGUUAUUCCUUUCUUUCGGACAAAAAACUACUCAGAACAAGAUGUUAAGAACUACAACUAUUAUGGUUGGGGAGCAGAAAUAUUAUUCACAUUUCUUAAGUGUGUUAUUGUCUACCAAAUCAUGAUCCCUAUAUCACUAUACAUAUCCAUGGAGCUUGUUCGUAUUGGUCAGGCUUAUUUCAUGAUUCAAGAUUCUCAGAUGUUUGAUGAAGCCUCAAACUCCAGAUUCCAAUGUAGGGCUCUUAAUAUAAACGAAGAUUUGGGACAAGUGAGAUAUGUUUUCUCUGAUAAGACUGGUACAUUAACUGAGAACAAGAUGGAGUUUCAUCGUGCAAGCAUUUGGGGAGUAGAUUAUGGCAGCAUAAGUUCCAGUCUCGUAGAAGAUCAAGUCGCAUACAGCAUUCAAGAGGAUAGGCAGGUUUUAAGACCCAAGAUGAAGGUAAAGGUGGACCCGGAUCUUAUUAGAGUAUCAAAAGCUGGAAAACAUAGCGGUGAAGGAAAACAUGUUCAUGAUUUCUUUCUUGCCUUGGCUGCUUGUAACACUAUUGUUCCUCUUACUAUGGCGGAUCCCUCUGAUCCUGCAGCAAAGUUGAUUGAAUAUCAAGGAGAGUCCCCAGAUGAGCAGGCAUUGGUUUAUGCUGCAGCAGCACAUGGUUUCAUGCUUAUUGAACGAACAUCUGGGCAUAUUGUUAUUGAUAUUCAUGGAGAAAAACAAAGGUUUGAUGUUUUGGGUUUGCAUGAGUUUGACAGUGAUCGGAAGAGAAUGUCAGUAAUAUUAGGUUUCCCUGAUAACACAAUAAAGGUCUUCGUUAAAGGUGCGGAUACAACCAUGUUUAGUGUAAUCAAUGCAUCAAGAAAUUCGGACGUGGUUCAUGCAACAGAGUCACAUCUGCAUUCUUAUUCGUCAAUGGGUUUAAGAACUCUGGUGAUGGGAAUGCGAGAACUAAGUGCUUCUGAACUUGAACGCUGGCAGACUUCUUAUGAGGCAGCAAGUACUGCUGUAAUUGGGAGGGCAGCUUUACUUCGUAAAGUUGCUACUGAUGUUGAAAGCAACCUUCACAUACUAGGCGCUUCAGGAAUAGAAGAUAAAUUGCAACAAGGUGUUCCAGAGGCAAUUGAGUCUUUGAGAACAGCGGGUAUUAAAGUUUGGGUUUUGACUGGAGACAAGAAAGAAACUGCUAUGUCAAUUGGCUACUCGUCUAAGCUUUUGACGAGUACAAUGACCCAUAUUACUGUAAAGUGCAACUCCAAAGAUUCAUGUAAGAGGAGUUUGGAAGAUGCCUUGAGUUUAACUAAGAAGCUUAUGACACGCAAUCCUGGAGCAAACUUAGAAGGUAAUGCAAAUUCAAUUUCCUUGAUCAUUGAUGGAACAAGCCUUGUUUAUAUCCUUGACAGUGACCUUGAAGAGCAGUUGUUCCAGCUAGCUAGCAACUGCACUGUGGUACUGUGCUGUCGAGUAGCUCCACUGCAAAAAGCUGGCAUUGUCGCCCUCAUCAAGAACCGAACAGAUGCCAUGACCCUUGCAAUCGGAGAUGGGGCUAAUGAUGUUUCGAUGAUCCAAACUGCUGAUGUGGGGAUAGGUAUCAGUGGCCAAGAAGGCCGUCAAGCUGUCAUGGCAUCAGAUUUUGCGAUGGGUCAAUUCAGAUUUUUGGUUCCACUUCUAUUGGUUCAUGGACAUUGGAAUUACCAGCGGUUGGGCUACAUGAUAUUAUACAACUUUUACCGGAACGCUUUGUUUGUUCUUGUCCUGUUCUGGUAUGCACUCUUCACGGCUUUCACUUUGACGACCGCCAUCACGGACUGGAGUAGUGUUUUGUAUUCAAUAAUCUACACAUCUCUGCCUACUAUAAUUAUUGGAAUUCUUGAAAAGGAUCUGAGCAGAAUGACUCUUCUGAAGUACACUCAACUUUAUGGAGCUGGACAAAGAGAAGAAGGUUAUAAUGGCAAAUUAUUUUGGGUGACGAUGAUGGACACCUUAUGGCAAAGCGCAGUUGCCUUUUUCGUGCCUAUUCUUGCAUACAGGAAAAGUGAUAUUGAUACUUCAAGCAUUGGAGAUCUUUGGACACUCGCAGUGGUUAUUUUGGUCAACUUACAUUUAGCCAUGGAUGUAAUUAGGUGGACUUGGAUAACCCAUGCUGCCAUUUGGGGAUCUAUUAUAGCAACUGCUAUCUGUGUGAUCAUCAUUGACGCGUUGCCUUUCCUUCCUGGUUAUUGGGCCAUCUUCCACAUUGCAGGAGAUGCUUCAUUUUGGCUGUGCUUGAUCGGUAUCAUUGUAGCUGCUUUGAUUCCACGAUUCAUUGUAAAAGGUUUUGUUCAGUACUUCAUGCCUAGUGAUAUUCAGAUUGCAAGAGAGGAGGAGAAGUUAGGAAACAGGACACGGUCUCAAGAGGCAGAAAUAGAAAUGAACCCAGUUUCCGAUUCUCCUCAAAGAUGAUGUUUAUUUUUUCCCACAUUUUGUAAAGUUUUGCCAUUCUUUAUGUUACACAGUCGAUUUUUCCACUUUGCUGCCUGCUUAUGCUCAAUUCAGGUGAUAAGAUGUCAGAGUUCUUAAGGUUGUAUACUUAGGGUCAGCAUUGUGUGCUCUUCUUGUUCUUGAAGCAUUGUUAUAGUAAAGUAGUGAUAGUCACAAAUGAUUCUUUCCUUUCCUUUGUACAUCAUCAAUUAUAACAAUAAUAGCCAUUAAAGUUACCUUAUUUUUGGUAGCAAGAAUCUUCUGUUCUAAAAUUUCUGAUUAGCUAAAAUUUGAC